UACACUCGCGCCCGCGGUGAGCGGAGUCAGUCUUGGGCAAGAUGGCCGGUCGGUCGAGUACGGCCCUUUAUUACUACCUCGCGUUAAUCCUCCAUCUGGUCCUGCUAACCGAGUGCAAUUACGGCGUGCGGUACGGUGACAGGGCGAAGCGGCUGCACGUCGCGGAGUACGAUGAGCCGCGGUACAGGAAGCCGCUCACCAUCGACAGGCGGAACGCGGCGGAUCGGGAUGACGGCGACAGCGGGGAAACGUCAUUCGGCCGUACGCGCCGUGACGUACCGCCGCCGGAGAAGCACCUAAACAAUAACCCAAACAUCACGACGAAGGUCAAUGCUUUAAAUGAUUCGCAUCAGCAACUGAUGGUACAUUGGGUCGGGGAGGGCUCCAAUGUAAUAAUAUGUCUAGCGAGGGAUAGCACGCCUGUGGUACGCUACCAAGCAGGUAAAUUCUCCUCCCCGGUCCAUCCUAGCGCUGUGUACAUCAGUUACGAUUAUGGUGAUACGUUCGAGAAUAAGACUGACUUGUUCAGGGUUUCGUCCGACCCCAAUGCUCAAUAUGCGGUUGUAGACAAAUUCACCAAUCAUCCUAAGUACUACCAACACUGCGUCUUUGUGGACAGUAUGAAUAAUUUAAUCUUCAUAACACAUAAUAACGGUCUAACAAUCCAGAGGGUCGCCGUGCCGUUUCACCCGAAUGAAGUAUCGUUUUACGAAUUAGAUCCACGGGUACUCGUCGCACUGGAUAAGGUCGAUCCAGCGCGAAAGUUGUGGUUAUCGACCGAUCGUGGAUUGGUCUGGGUACCAAUUCAUCAAUAUGUCAAAGCUUUCUUUUGGUCUCCUUAUCGCGUUCUAUUGGUUGAACGCACGGAACCGUCUGGAUUAAAUACAGUCUUGAAGUUGGAUCUGCGAAAUUUCCCCUGGUAUCAGAGAGGGAAUACUCCAUUGCGAAUGAGAAUGUCUAUACGAAAGGAAUUCACCGUCGUCAUUCAAAACGUUGAGGAUUUCCAAAUUAAAGGCGACUACAUGUUCGCCACCAUGAAAAAUUCAAAGAACGGAACAUCGGAACAUCUGGAUCUUUACGUUUCCUAUAAGAAUCAAUCGUUUGUCCCGGUGCAUUUUAACACGGAAUUAGACUGUAAAGAUUAUCAUAUCGUAGACGUAUCAUUCAAUCGAGUCUUCAUCGCUGUGUCACACAGCGACACUAUGAGCAAUCUUUACGUGUCGGAAGUCAUAGAUCACGAGAAAGCCAUAUUUACAUUGUCCCUGGAGAGCAUUCUCACAUUUUUCCCCAACAUCACUUGGAAGGACAGUUGGUUGAAUGAUGUAGCUGACGAGGAAUUCACGGAUCUAUACAAGGUCGAGGGUCUUCGAGGCAUAUAUAUAGCAUCGCGGGUCAAAGGCUCUCCAAAAUCAAGUGCGAUUGGACCGGAACAUUUGGAAUCGUUAAUCACUUACGAUCAUGGUGUUACUUGGACCGCUAUUAAGGCACCAUCAGCGAAUCACGAAGGUUACUACAUUCAUUGUGGAAAAGAUUGCUCGUUACAUUUGAGCCAGAGGUUCAGCCAGCUGUAUCCGGUGACAAGAUCUGUCACCAUCAUGAGCUCGAAAUCGGCGCCUGGAAUAAUAAUGGCCACCGGUGUGAUUGGAACUAGCUUGAAGGGUCAUCCUGCGCUCUAUGUGUCUAAAGAUGCAGGCCUUACGUGGAAACAAGUGCUGAAGGAUUAUUACUUCUUCAAUAUGGGUGAUCACGGAGGUUUAUUGGUGGCAGUUAAGUAUUUCAAAUCGCGCGGGGAGACCAGAGAUAUAUCGUACUCGACGGACGAGGGCGAGACGUGGCAAACGUACGAGUUCAACGAAAAGAUGUUACGCGUCUAUGGUCUCAUGACGGAGCCUGGAGAAAAUACUACGGUGUUCACUAUGUUUGGAUCGGACAGUGGACAACAUCAGUGGCUUAUCAUCAAAGUCGAUCUACGAAAUGUGUUUGAGAGGGAUUGCACGGAGAACGAUUACAAGUUUUGGUCUCCGUCGAGCUCCAAUCUGCCUGUUAUGGCCUGCGUGCUGGGACGUAAGGAAACUUACCAGAGACGCGCAGCACGUUCUAAUUGCUAUCAGGGCGUGAACUACGAUCGACCCAUAAGAUUGGAGACCUGUCAGUGCGACGCUACCGAUUAUCAGUGCGAUUACGGAUUUAUGCGUGUCGGGAAUCCUUAUCACUGUAUCCGCAACAAAUCCGUCACCGAUUACGACCCUUACUCCGUGCCAACUACAUGCGAGUCCGGUAAGUUCUACAAUCGCACAAAGGGCUACGUGAAAAUAUCCGAUGACGAUUGUAGUGGUGGUCUCGCGAGGAACUUUGAGCCCGACGAGAUUCCAUGUCCAAUGAACGAGAGACCAGAAUUUCUACUGGUCGCGCAACGAGAACACAUUUCACGAAUUGAUUUGGUAGACAAUGGUAAAAUGGAAACGUUACCUGUGCACGAUUUAAAAAAUGUUAUCGCGAUCGAGUUUGAUAUGAACAACAACUGUUUAUACUGGGCAGAUAUUGUAAACGACACGAUCGGUAGACAGUGUUUGAAGGAUGGCACUAGUUAUCCUGAGAUUCUUGUUGAGACCGAUCUGAGUUCUAUCGAGGGAAUGGCCUUUGACUGGGUGUCCAAAGUGCUCUAUUUUGUGGACGGUGUCAAGAUGAGGAUACAGAUAAUUCGAACAGACAUGUCUACCAUGGGCAGAAUGCGCAGGACGAUAUUGGGCCCGAAUAAUCUGCAGAAGCCACGAGGUAUCGCGGUUCAUCCUAUGAACGGGUAUAUGUUCUGGACCGAUUGGGCACCGGGCAAUGCCUCGGUGUCUCGAGCCAACUUGGACGGCACGGAUGUGAAACGAUUGUUUACUAAGCCCACUGUCGAGUGGCCGAAUGGAAUAACGAUCGAUCACAUCGCCGAACGUAUCUACUGGGUAGAUGCUCGAGCGGAUUAUAUAGCUUCCUCGGACUUUGAUGGUAAAAGAUAUAAGAAGAUCAUCGGUAAUGACGGGCGUGUCUCGCAUCCGUUUGCCGUCGCUGUGUUCAAGGACAACGUGUACUGGGACGACUGGAAGCAAUCGAUGAUAUUUGUCGCUAACAAAGAUCACGGUGUCGGAAUCAGUCCAGUGAUCGACUUCCAGAUCGCGGGUCUGAUGGAUUUGAAGAUUUUUGCACACAGCGUACAGGUCGGCACGAACAAGUGCGCAACAAACCAUACGUGUACACACAUCUGCCUUGGUGCGCCGAAUAACGACUACGUUUGUCUUUGCCCGGACGGUAUGGUGAUGACGGAAGGUAAAUGUUUAUGUCCGAAUGGUAUCAAGCCAUACGCCAAUUCGACGUGCCCGCGAAUUGCCAGCACCUGCUCGUCCAAUCAGUUCGCCUGCAACAACAACGUGUGUAUCCCUGAGUUCUGGAAAUGCGACGGUGACAACGACUGUGGCGACAACUCGGACGAGAUUCACUGCAAUCGAGCCACGUGCAGUCCGAAUAACUUUGAAUGCGACGAUAACAAAUGCAUACCUAAAUACUGGGUGUGCGACCUGGAUCGUGACUGCAAGGACGGCAAGGACGAGAUGAAUUGUACGUACACCAAUUGUACCGAAACGCAGUUCAAGUGUAACAACGGCCGCUGUAUAUCGCAUCGUUGGCGUUGCGACGGUGAGGACGAUUGCCGGGACGGCUCGGAUGAACAGAACUGCACCAAGAGCGUGCAGCCGAACACGUGUCGGUCUGAUGAGAUCAUCUGCAAGUCGGAUCACUCGUGCAUACCGACCUCCUGGAAGUGCGAUGGCGAACCGGACUGUGAGGAUGGUGCCGACGAGAAGGACUGCAAUAAUAUGGUGUGCGAGCUAUGGCAAUUUCAAUGCAACAAUACCAAGGAUAACGGACAUCGAUGCAUAUACAAGACAUGGGCGUGCGACGGAGAUAAGGACUGCGUUGAUGGUUCCGACGAGUUUAAUUGCACCUUCACUACUACGCUAUCGCCGCCGCUAAUCCCGAUCCUGCCGACAAAUUCCUGCAACGAUUGGAUGUUCAUGUGCAACAACAAGAAAUGCGUGCCCUACUGGUGGAAAUGCGACAGCGUGGACGACUGCGGCGACGGUUCCGACGAGAUAGGUUGCGGCACCGUGGAUGGUGGUGGGGUGUUGGAACCCACGUCUCCGGUUUACACGACGCAACAAUCACGCAUUUGCCGCGAGCACCAGUUCCAGUGCUAUAAUAACGAUUGCAUUGAAAACUCGUGGGUGUGCGAUGGCUCGAAGGACUGUCCAUCCGGCGAAGACGAGCAACACUGUGCUCAGACACAUAUGUCAUGUCGCGAAAACGAUCAAUUUAUGUGCCGUCAAGACGGCUCGUGUGUGCCACUCUCGAGCAUCUGCAACGGUAUCGAGGAAUGUCCAGACGGCAGCGACGAGCUCGGUUGUCACACGGAUCACGAGGCGAAUCCACCCGCUACACCGUCUUGCUACGUUGGUCUUUUCCCCUGUGAUGAGAACCGCUGUUUCCCGCUGGCGGCUUACUGCGACGGCAAUCACGAUUGUUUAGAUGGCUUCGACGAGAGCAAUUGCGAGAAAAAUAACUCUCGCGUGUAUCAAGUGCUAGUGAUGGGCGUGGACGAGCGUUCUGUCAACGAUUCAAAUCUCUUCCUCUUUUGGUGGAUGCCGAUACCGUCGAAUGUAACAUUCGAAUUUUUGCCGUCGAUCGCGCGGGCGACACCGGGGGCCAAGUGGAGCAACGCCAGCGAGUGGAUCGAAGAUACGGAGUAUCAAUUCAACAAUCUUGAUCCGUACACCAAGUAUAAUCUGACGGUCUAUGUGAAAGUGAAGGGCCAGGCCACUGUAUUUCCACCGGCGAAGUAUCUGGUGGUGAUGACCGGCGAGGGCGUACCAUCUGAGCCAUGGAACGUGACUGUGACACAGAAGAACGGCACUCGCGUGGAGGUCUCUUGGAGACCACCCAUACGUCCUAACGGUCUCAUCAUCGGUUAUCAGGGUUACAUCACGCCACCGAUACCGCCGAUGGAGUUUAAUCGGCAAAAAACCUCCGCGAUCAUCGACAUGGCGUUCGAGGCGGGCAAAAACUAUUCCUUCUGGAUCGUGGCGAAGAAUCGACAGUAUCAGUCGGUUUCGUCGCAAGUUGCCACGCUGAUGUUCGAUGGUUCAGCCAAUAUUGACGACAUCGAGGAUCUCCAUGUAGUGGCCACAACAAAUCACUCUGUCACUCUGACAUGGAAGAAGAUGAAGGAUGUGGACGGAUAUCACAUCACACCAAGAGCACCACCAGCCUAUCCGGCUUUGCAAACUGUCACGACCAUGAACAAUCUGAUGGAAGUCGACAAAUUGGCGCCGGGUACCAAGUAUACUUUCGAGGUCGGUGCGAUGAAGAAGAAGUACAUCGGUAAGGUGGCCAUGGUGACAGCCACGACGAAUGGCACCGCGUUGCCGACGAUAUUGAACUUCGACGCGCAAUUGGUGAAAUCUCAGAGAACGACUGUCAAGCUUACUUGGGAUCCUCCAAAGAGUAAUAGGAAGAUCAAGUGGCAAUACGCUGUUUAUUAUGCUACCAACAUGAUCGAGUUCUUUAGAACUAACAGACUUGUCACCACUAAUCUCACGGCUACAAUCAAAGAUUUGGAAGCGUGUGAAUCGUACGUUUUUGCCGUUGGCGUUUUUGGCGAUUAUGGGGCAGGACCUUUAAAUCAACCGAUUGCGGUCACGACGCAUUUCAACAAACGUGCACCUCCGAAGAGGUUGCGGGUAACGCCAUCGCCGGAUAAAAAUGACAGCAUAAUCGUCUCGUGGAGUGCGAGUUGUCCAACAAUCGACGAACCGAUUAGUUACACGAUUUCCGUCACGGAAAUGAUUCUUAACAAGCAGAUAGUUGUGACAUUGCCGCCGACUAAUGAAACUAUUAUGAAGCACACGUUCCAUUCUAUCAAAUACGGCGGGAAGUACAGUAUUACGAUAGCUACAGAUGUCGAAAAUGCUAUAGCCACGUCACCAUUUAUCUAUAUAGCACCGCCGAUCAAACCGCCUCAUCAACUUACAGUCCUACAUGACAAUAAGGAAUACUUGAUUUAUUGGCAAGAACCAGAUUUGCCGGAGAACAUCCGGAAAGAUACCGAUCGAUACUAUGAAAUUUUAGUAGCCGAGGGAUCGAGAAUGAUAAAUGAGUCGACUGCUAAAGUCUUAUUGGCUAAAGAUCCGCCGCCUUAUCGUUACAAAGACGCUAAAACGGAUACGAUUUAUACCUUUGCUGCGCGUUUGGUCACGAACGAGGGAUACCAAAGUCCAUUGAGCGAAACUUGGAGUACGCAAAUUUCAGGAUCGCAAUUCCCAGUGAUAAUGAAUACGUCGAGCAUAUUAUCCCUCGCUAUACCGAUCUGUCUGGUCGUCAUAGCGCUCGGUGCUGCGCUUGCGUUCUUUAUCAUUCGACAUAGGAGGCUAUCCAACAGCUUUACACAAUUCGCCAAUAGCCAUUACGACACGAGACGGGGACAAGCCACUUUCCCCGGCACGACAGAUAGUUUAGAAGAAGAAGACAGUCCGGUAAUCCGAGGCUUUUCAGAUGAUGAACCGCUCGUAAUUGCAUGAAUACCAUAUAUAUAUAUGUAUAAACAGAAUAUUUACGUACUAGGAAAAAAGAUGUGCCAAGACACUAUUAAUAUGAAAAUUUCGAAUAUAGGUCAAGCUUUAUGAUGGAAAGAAAAGCUUUUAUGAAAGUGUGACUGAAUACCUGACUAUAAUUGUAUUUGCGCUGUUGCAAUUAAUGAUUAUUGAUCGGUAAAGGCUGCUUAGAGCGCUUACAUGAGAGCUUUUCGCGCCAUACGGUACGUUGUAGAAAUAUAUGGUAUACAUGUACAUCACGAAUGAGCGGAGUGACUACUUGUCGUCGUAAUUGGAGAGAUGCCAGUGCAUCUCAAACUUGAGUGUAAACAAAUCAAGACGAUUGUAAGAUCGCAAGUGUGGCUUUACCGUCUAGCGUGAGGAUAAACGCCAAUCGAUAAAAUGGCAGUUUGUAUAUAUAGUAAAUAUUUUUUAUGGAUUGAUUGUGAGACUUUUGAGGUGACACAUUUGCAUUUUUAAUAUUGUAUUUAUAUGAUCAUGUAUGUGUGAAGAAAGCAUUUUGAGUCCGUAUUCAAAUUUGUUGAUGCGAAAGUAAGGUAUCGACGACCGGGACGAACUUUUUAUUAAAAACUGUUUUAAUAAAUACCCACAGAGGCCAUACAUUUUUUUCGUAUAGCAAGUAUAUGACCAAAGUAUAACGCUUUCCUCUAAUGCCGCAUUUAUAAGAGAUAUAUUAAUCUCAUCUGUUCAUAGAAUAGGUUUCUAUAGCUUAUUUGAGCUCUUUAGCUCGUUAAUUGUCUUAAAGAGGUAUGAUUUGAAUAAUCCAAAAUGUUUUGAUCUGUUUAAAAAUUAUAUAUUAUUUAAAGUACAACUAAUAUUAAAAUGUGUAAUUUUAUUUUAUUUUUUAAUUCAACUUUAUUAUAGUUUUUAGUUUUUUUUUAUAUAUAAGUAAAAAUUUAAUGGAAAUACGUUUAUGAACUAGAGAUGACUUUUGAUGAACUUCUUCGCAUGCCAUACGCUUGUCAGCGUGUACGUUAUCUUUUCUGCAUAUAACUGUAAAUGAACUAGAGAAAUACAAUAGAAAAUUUGGCAAUGUUCCAGUCUUGAGGCUUUCGUGGCCAUUGUUGUUGUUAACCGAGAGGGUUUCCGGAUGGAUGCCACAUGCGUGUUGGGCACUUUGCCAAAGUGCCCAACACGCACGUGGUAUCCAUCCGAAAACCCUCUCGGUUAACAAUUUGGCAAUGUUGUUGAAAAAAGACUUUAAAAAUUAUUACUAAAAUAUUAAUUAACAAAGAUUUUAAGUUUGAUAAGCAUUGAAAUAUACGAUGAUUUGCGGAAAUCAUUGAUACAUUAUAGGUUAAUUGUUUAAUUGUAUAAUCACAUCCGACAUUUUUAAUAGCAAGAAUGUGCAAAAUUAAGAAUUUGCAUAAUCAAAUCUUAUUAACGGUCAUCAAAAACAUUUUAUUAAUAUAAUUUUACACAAUUAAAACUAAUGGUGAUUUUAGGAAAUCUAAAUAUAUGCUAACAUUUUCAUAAUUAUUAUGUUUUCAAUAAUAUUAGUUGCUUUUUACUGAGAUCUGAAUCAUACCUCCUUAAGUAACUUUUUAUAAUCGUCCCGAUUCAAAUUUUAUAUCAAACGCGAUGCGGUAUUAAAAAGUUUUUAUAAGCGAGUUUUAAUCUCGAUAAAAGAGGGAAAUUUGACCCUCAUAAAAAAAGUGUGCUACAAUUAUUGCGAUUUUUGAAUACAAUGCUAUGAAUUUUUUAUCUGUAAGUACACAGAAAAAGUUAUAUUUGAUAAAUAAUUGUGUACGAUUAAAGUAAAUAACAUUAUUUUAUUUCUUAUGUUAAAAAAAAAUAGCAGAAUAUUCUCUCUAGCAAAGAUCGAAUGUUUUUAGUUAGGAUUAGGAGAGGUUUACAAACAAAACGAUGAGAAGGCAGCAGAUUCUAAUGAUGUUUCCAGUGCGAAUAAGAUAGUAACGACGUCGUGAAUUUUAGAUCAUUGUAAAUAAUGUUUAAAUAUUUAAGCGCGUGAAUUUUCACCGCUUAAUUCUUGUUGGAAUAUCCAUAAAAGACAUUUAUGAUUAAAUCUCGCGGUCAGUUUAUAUUUUUAUGUCGGAAUAGUCCAAGAUUCCAGGCUUACUCGCGAUUUUCUCGCUGUGACGAGAAAAAACCAUCGAUUUGGCAGAAUCUUUUAUUGUACAUGAUACACACCUACACAUACGUACACACAAGCGAUUAUUUUUACCGCGGAGUCUAGAGAUAAGGUGGAUUGUAUUUUUUAUUAAUUAAUCGUCCUUUUUGCCUCUUCUCUUCUCAAACGAAAAAAAAUGUGAUGUGCUACGAGUUUCCAAAAAUAUUUGUGAGUCGAGUUCGAUCGCUCUUUAUUCGAGUCAAUAUCGAGAAACGUGUUAAGCAGUUUAAACGGAUAGAAGAACCGCCGGCAUUGAAAAAAGCGAGACGUUCUUACAUGUGUGUCCUGUGACAUUAUGAAAUUGUGAAUUAAUCUAAAUCGUCAUAGCGAGAUUGUAAUUCGCAUUUUUCCUAUUGCACAGCAUACUGAUAUCUCGCUUUUUUUUGACGACGGCAGAUGAAAAGACAACGUUUACAGUAUUAGUAUGGAUUGGUUCGUUUCCUUUGUACGGCGUAGUUGACGCCAGGAAAUAACCUGCCGAAGUGAAUUAAUUGUAAAGAUAAGGCUCCUUUGCUGGUAUUUGACGCAAUUUCGCGCACGACCCGACAACGGUUUUUCUUCUUUCCUUCUUUUUCGCUCCAUGUCGUUACAUGUUGGAGGAAAAAAUACUAAUGAAAAUGUCGAUGUUUUUAAAUACGUGUUACGCGGCUACAUAAUCAAUAUUGUUGGCACAACUGUAUUGCACUAAUAAUAAUAACAACGUUUGAUUUGAUCUCAAAUGAUGAAUAUUAUUAUGUAAUUUGAAAAUAUUUUACAAUGAUAUUGAUUAUGUAUAAGCUGCAAGAACGACGAGAAUAGAAGAGAGUAGCUGAUUCACAUGUAAAUGUCAAAAGUUAUAACGCCACAAGAGAGACAGUGAUAUAUAAUAUAUAUACAUAUAUAUAUAAUAUAUUUACAUGUAAAUAAAUAAAUUUAAGGCACAGAAUAUUGUCAUUUAA